CCUAUUUUAUUACAAUUAUUUUGAUCAAAGACUAUUUUUUCUUCCUUUUUUACCCUCUUUCCACUUCAAGUUAGAUUUAGAAAGUACAGACGAUCAUUUUUACAAGGAUAUUUUCUCUUCUUUUCCGAUCAUUCAUCGAGGUGUGGCGGACGGAAAGAAGAAGGGAUUGAUAACCGAUUGGGAAAGGAAAUAUCGAAAAGUAUAUAUCCUGAGGGAGCAGAAUGAUCGAUCCGAGCUCGUCGGAGUCGGAAAGCGAGGAGGACCAGAGUUCUCAACACGUCGGAAGUGUCGGUGGCGGUAGUGGCGGAGGCAGCGGUGGAGCUCGCGCAGGGAGCGGUAGCUCGUACGGAUCCCGGCGACAGAUUGGACCCGGAGGGAGCCUCGCCACCGCGAGCGGUCCCGUUUCGGGUAGCGUGAGCUCGUUAGCCUCCCCAGGAGGCUCGAUCCACGGACCGAUCGGGACACCUCGAGCUGGCGGGGGUACCGGUCAGGAUGCCGACGCAUCUUCCUCUCUCUCCGCGGCGAGAAACUCGUUGUCGCCGUCGAUGUCUGCUGCCCAGGAUGCGGCUAGUUACGCUCAGAGACCUACCAGCCCCUCGCCCUCUGUCGCCAGCGAGAAAACCGAAACCGAUCUUCAGGAUAAGCAGGAGCGAGAAGAAGAGGAGAGAAAGACCAGGAUACAGCUGUAUGUGUUCGUAUCGAGAUGCGUUGCAUAUCCGUUUAACGCCAAACAACCAUUGGAUAUGACGAAACGUCCGCUAAAAGUGACCAAGCAACAACUCGAAACGAUAUGUUCUCGUUUUCAGAGUUUCCUAAAGGGAGAAACGCAAAUAAUGGCGGAUGAAGCGUUUCGAAAUGCCAUACAGAAUUACUACGAUGUGUUUCUAACGUCGGAUCGUGUGAUGCAAAUGGUUCAAAGCGGUGCUUGCUCGCAACUCGACUUCCGCGAGGUGUUCAAGGAGAACAUAAAGAUUCGUGUUCUACGCUUCCCGGAAAUCGAUGGAUUGAGCAAAGAGACUGUACUUACGUCCUGGUUGGCCAAAUUCGAUUGUAUCAUGAAAGGUACGGGGGACGAGGAGACCAAGAGGCCCUCCAGGAUGCAACAACAGUCUUUGAUCUCGGAGAUGAUUCUGCCGAAGGAGCAGCUUUACGACAUGUUUCAGCAAAUUCUUGGCAUCAAGAAGUUCGAACAUCAGCUUCUGUUCAACGCCCUCCUGUUGGAUUCAGCCGACGAACAGGCUGCCGCCAUCAGGAGGGAGCUGGAUGGUCGCCUCCAAAAGGUCAACGAGAUGGAAAAGAAUCGCAAGCUUAUGCCCAAGUUUCUCUUAAAAGAAAUGGAGUCGCUCUACAUCGAGGAACUAAAGUCGUCUAUCAAUCUGUUGAUGGCUAAUUUAGAGUCAUUGCCAGUCUCGAAAGGUUCGACAGACAGCAAAUACGGGCUGCAGAAGCUGAAGCGCAAUCACCGUCGUGAGCGCUCCCGCUGCCGCGGUCAGGGUUCCCUCGUUAAAUUGGAGAGCGACUCCGCUGACUCGGAACCGCAGCUAACCAAAAUGGACGUAGGCCUCACCUUCCAAUUGGCUGUCGUGGUUGUAGAGGUCAGGGGUUUGAAGAGUUUACCACCCAACAAGAUCGUCUAUUGCACGAUGGAAGUCGAUCGUGGUAAAAAGCUGCAAACCGAUCACGCCGAAGCCUCGAAACCUAUGUGGGACACUCAAGGCGAUUUUACCACCAUGCAACCUCUACCGCUGGUCAAGGUUCGACUCUAUACCGAGAAUUCGGCGAUGCUCGCGCUCGAGGACAAGGAACUGGGCAAGGUGAAUCUACGACCUACACCGUUCUCCUGUAAACAUCCGGAUUGGUAUCGAAUGUCUGUCCCGAAAAAUUGUCCCGACCAGGAACUUCUCAUCAAAGUUGGUUGCCGAAUGGAUAAACCGUUCAACAUGAAACAUUGCGGCUAUCUUUACGCGAUGGGCAAAUCCGUGUGGAAAAAAUGGAAGAAACGAUACCACGUGUUGGUCCAAGUUUCCCAAUACACGUUCGCGAUGUGCUCGUACAAAGAGAGACGGAGCGAGCCGUCGGAGAUGAUGCAACUCGACGGCUAUACGGUUGAUUACAUCGAGCCUCUUUCGGCCAAUCUGAUGGUCGGCAUGGAUUUAGAUGAUGGAAGAUUUUAUUUCAACGCUGUUCGCGAAGGGGACAAUAUAGUAUUUGCCGCGGAUGACGAGAACGAGUGUCAAACUUGGGUAAUGGUCAUGUACAGGGCGACCGGUCAAUCCCACAAACCGACUCCGCCCGUGUCCGUGGCGGACAAAAAUUCCACCAUCAGCAAGAUACAGGGAGACGCGGAUCGAGCGAAAAAGCAUGGAAUGGAGGAUUACAUUAGCGCGGAUCCUUGCAAGUUCGAUCAUCACGUCCUCUUCAAAUUUUUGCAAAAUUUGGUUCUGGAUUAUCGAUUGAACGAUCCCUACUGUUCUCUCGGCUGGUUUUCGCCCGGUCAAGUAUUCGUUCUGGACGAGUAUUGCGCGAGAUACGGAGUUCGAGGAUGUUUUCGACAUUUGUGCUACUUGAACGAUUUGCUCGAUAGAAUCGAUCGCGGUUUGAUGAUCGAUCCAACCCUGAUUCACUUUAGUUUCGCGUUUUGCGCCACUCACGUUUACGGGAAUCGCACGGAUCGAGUCGGUUCCAUCACUCACGAGGAGAAGGAAAAGUUUCAAGACAUCAAGGAGAGACUGAGGCAGAUUCUCGAGGAACAAAUUACCAAUUUCAGAUACAGCUUCCCUUUCGGUCGGCCGGAUGGCGCGUUGAAGGCUACCUUGUCCCUGUUGGAACGAGUAAUGAUGAAGGAUGGCGUCAGUCCUGUGCCUCAAGAAGAAGUGAAGACAUUGAUCAAGAAUUGUCUCGAGAAGGCUGCUCUCGUCAAUUAUACCAAGCUCUCUGCCGAAGCGAAAAUCGAGGACGAUUUCAGCGGCGAGGUUUGCGUCCCGCCUAGCAAGAAACUCGAAGAUCUCAUACACCUUGCCGACAUGUGCGUCGAUCUACUUCAACAAAACGGGGAGCACUAUUCGAAGGUUGUACCGCAGGCGUUCGCCUGGUUUAGCGAUCUUAUGGUGGAGCACGCCGAGAUCUUCUGGUCUUUGUUUGCCGACGAUAUGGACAAAGUGCUCGCCGAACAACCACGGGAUACUUGGGACAGUUUUCCACUCUUUAAAAUCUUGAACGACUAUCUGAGGGAAGAUGAUAAUUUGAAGAACGGUAGAUUUCACCAGCAUCUUCGCGAUACUUUCUCUCCGAUGGUGGUGCGUUACGUGGAUUUGAUGGAAACCUCGAUCGCACAAUCCAUUUAUAAAGGCUUCGAGAAGGAACGUUGGGAAAUAAAGGGAAACGGAUGCGCGACCUCCGGCGAAUUAUUUUGGAAAUUGGACGCUCUUCAAUCUUUCAUCCGCGAUCUCCACUGGCCGGAUCAAGAAUUUCGCCAGCAUCUAGAGCAAAGAUUAACGUUGAUGGCUUGUGAUAUGAUCGAAACUUGCAUUCAACGAACGGAUGCCGCGUUUCAACAGUGGCUGAAGAAAGGCGUAACUUUCAUUUCGACCGAUUACAUCAUACCGUCGGAAAUGUGCGCGAUGGUAAACGUUAUUCUCGACGCGAAAAAUCAAAGUUUCGAACUGUGCACCAUCGAUGGCGUCGACGUGCACCAAUAUCACGCGAAAAUCGAUGAUUUGAUAGAGAAAACCUCGGCUGCUAUGACCCAGGGAAUGAUCAACAAACUGGUCACGGUAUUGGAGACGACCUUGUCCAAAUUGUCCCGUUACGACGAGGGAUCCUUCAUAGGUUCCAUUCUCAGUUUGACGAAGGUAUCGGGAAGUGGGAAAGAAAUGGGGCAGGCCUACGUAAGCUUUACGAGGAAUUGUAUGGAUCAGAUUCGUGGCAAAGUUUUGGACGAAUUAUGGAUUUUAACGUUCUUCGAGCAAUGGUACACGGCGCAAAUUCAAAUGCUGUGCACGUGGCUCUCGGAAAGACUCGACCAUAGCUUACAUCUAUAUCAAUGUACCUGUUUGGCCCAUAUCGUAAAAAAAAUUUACUCGGACUUUGAGUUACAAGGUGUUAUAGAGGAAAAACUCAAUUCGACGACAUAUCAGACUAUAUCUAAGAGGAUGCAAACGGAAGAAGCGUCUUGUGCCUUAACGAGCGUUCAGAACGAAGAAGGUCUUUCGGAGAACGGUAACGAUGACGAGGUAGAACGACCAAAACCAAAGGUAACGGUCGUGGAAACGGUCAACAGCGAGGACGCGAAUAUUAUCAGCAACGUUACUUCGAACGUUGUUGAAAAAGUUGGGAGCAUGUUUGGCAAGGGCAUUGGUGGCUUUUCGACAAAAUUUGGUGGACCUAGCUGGUUUUGAUCAUUCUUUUUAUAUUACUUUAUUACUAUUUUAUUAUCGCUAAUCCCUUUGUCAUUUUUAUCUUUUCUCUUAUUAUUCAGUAUUAACAUAUUUUCUAUUUCUUCCUCAUUUUCUUUUCCUCCCCAUUCUUUUAUCCUUUUUUUCUAAUUUUUCUUUCUCUUCUGUUCGUACUAUUACCGUAUUUAAAUUAUAAUUUUCACGAUAAUUACCGAUUAUUUUUAUUGUUAUUAUUAUUCCACGUUCUUUAUUCUCAUCUUUGUCGUUAUUAUCAUUAUCAUCGUUCAUUACGAUUAUUAGUUUCAUUACUUUCAUUACUUUUAACAUUUGGUCACUUGAUAACUUUAUAUCGAACUAAUAGAUCGUUUCGUCUAUAAAUAUGUAUAUAAACAAAACAAAAAGUUUCGACAGCAGGAUUGUCCAUAGUACACUUUAGAAAUUUGUUCGAAUUAAAUAUUCUUCGAAGAAGAAUAAUCGUCAUUCGUUACAAUCGAUCGAAAGGACAACCCUUAUCGUUAGAUUUCACGAAUUCUAUAUAGACUUUUCGACAAAACUUCGUUUCGUUGUUCGAUUACGUUCGAUUGUUCGUGUCCCGAAACGAAAGCAUCACGCUUUUUAUCUCGAAUCUUUAUCGAUUUUUUACGUCGUUGGUCAAAACGUAAACAAGUAACGUGAGAACGAGUGCGAACGCGAUCGGUGUAACGUCGAAAGGUCUUUUCCUUUGUCUUUCUCUGUCUGUGCAUCGAUAAAUAUGUACUUUCUACUUAUAUAUCCUUUUGAUCAAACUUUUAUACAAAAAUAAUAUACCUUGUUUGCGCUGUCUGUCGAUCCACCGUUAUGCUUUUAAUUAUUAAUUUAAUUUUAACUUUAACAUCAAUCGUAUUUAUUUACGUUAAAUUUCUUUUUCGCGUUUCUCUUUCUCUCUCUCUCUCUUUCUCUCUUCAUUCUUCUAUCUACAAAUCUUCUCUUUUAUCCGUCGUAUUGAUAUCUUUAUCACAGAAAUAUUUAACGUUAUUCGAUUAUUAUUUUUCCGAUGUAGUAUGCAUAUAUUAUAUAAAGCAUUUAACAUCUAUAAACGAAAACUUGUCAACGAAUACUUGUCUUUAAGUUUCGUUUGUUACUACGACGAUUCAAAAUUAAUCUUUCGAUCUUUAUAUAUAUAUAUAUAUAUAUAUUUAUAUAUAUAUAUUGUAUUAUGUAAAUUUGUUCGAUGUAUAAAAAAACAUCGAGCACAAUCAUGAUUUUUUUUCGUAAUAUUAAAUAUUUAAAUACGAAAUCAAAUGAUCGUCGACGCCUCGAAAUAUUUUGUCUACCUCAAAUUGUUCGCAUAUUGAUAUAUGCGAAUCUCAAUGAUAUGAAAAUAAAAUUCAAAGUUACGUAUAAAAUAAAGAAUGUAUCGAAUCGUCGAACAAACGAACGAACGCACGAACGAACGAACGAACGAACGAACGUACAUACGUACGUACAAGCAAAAGUAAUAGUAUUAAAAAACAAUUGUUUAUAAAAGAUUUCGAUGUGUGUCUUCCGAUCGAUGUGUACUUUGGCCAUUUCCAAUGUGCAUGGAACAAAUGCAUAUACAUUUAUACGUUUAAUCGUUUCGUUCCCGUUCAACGCACGAGGAAACAAACGUUAGUGAUUAAAUAGAGAAACGUUGAUGAACGAAAUGCGAUAGCUCUAUUUAAAUACAUAUACCUUACUCGAGGAGAAUGCGUGCUGCAUUCAAGAACAGUUAUUGAUAGAUGUUUAUUUGUGUGUGUAUAUAUACAUAUAUAUAUAUAUGUAUAUUGUAUAUAUAUAAACAAUGUACAUAUAUAUAUAUACAAUAUAUGUAUAUAUUAGCGAGAAAACGGUACAGACAAAAGGAGAUUUUUAUAUCGUGUAAAUUAGCGCGUUGAAAUGAUGUUUAUAAGCAUCGCUUAAUGCGUCCAAUCGUAUGACACGUACGCCGAACUCAGGCCUGCGCCCGUGCUCAAGCGUUUUUAACCGUGUCACCGAUAGAACUCUACAUACAACUCUAUUGUUCGAUUCUCUUUCGUGUAAACAAAUUUCCUAGAUUAUUAUUUCGUAAUGAAUCUCUUGACGCGAUAACGCGUCACAAUUAUCUCUUGCUAUUUCUUAUCGGAGAUGCCUUAUGUAUUCUCUCGUAUCGAUACCCGUAGAUCGUUAGCUAAAUAUAUGUUUCAUAUAUCGAUUGGCAAUAUAGUAAUUGGUAAUGUAACAAUUUCGAUAAAUUAUCACUUAUACGUAUAUACGAUUAAAUCAAAAUUCGAUCGAAAAAUUCAAUCUCUCUUUUAAAUAUGGUUCACUUCGCUUCGUUGCGAUCGUUUAUCAUGAAUAAAUAAUACAGCGAUCAAUCAUUUCGAAAUAAACGUGCGCAAUAAAUAAUGAUUCGAUAUUUCCAAUUCAAACGAAUUAAAUUUAUGAUUUAAUAAAAUCAUGGCGAUUAUAAUUUUUAUACAUUUGUCAAAAUGGUCACCGAUAUAUUUUUUUAAAUGUCAAAAAAAAUGCGUAACGAGACGGGUAUUUGUAUCGGAACUCGGAUACAUUGAGAAACGAACGUACAAUCGAGAGUAGUGAACAUUUUUAAAACUCAAGUUAACUCAAGUUGUAACAUACUUACAGCCGAUGCUAACGGUACUACGAUUAUUAUGAUCAUUCUUACUAUCGAUGAUUCUCCUGUUAUCUACGGCUAAUUAGACUAGGACGAUCAAAAAACGAUCUCUUUUUGCUCCGAACCCAGUAUUAUAUACGCUAGUCACUUCGAUCUUUUCUUCAUCCUUCCAUCUUUUCCAUCCCUUCUUCUAUCCAUUUUUCUUUCUUUUUUUUAAUUCUUUCUUCCCGUUUUACUUUUCUAUUCCAUUCUAUUUUACAGCUAUGUAUAACAUUAUUACGUAUACACACGGAUACAUACGUAACAUAUUCAGCAAAAUAUCGAUUUUACAGAUAAAUUAAUUUUACAAUUACAAAGUAAAGGAAUCACGAAAUCCUAAUAUUUUUCGAUCCUCUCUUUGUUAUCUCACUUGAUCUCGAUUGCGUUAUCGUGAUUUUAAUUAAAAACUUAAAUAGACGAUCUUUUAUCCUAGUUAGUAUUUUAUUCGAUUAAACUUCUAUGCAAUUGUUGUUCUCUCGUUAAUAAAAAAUCCGACAAAGAAUAAUAUCACGGUCUAGAACGUAUACCCAAACUUAAUUUCCUCCUCGAAAUAUCGAUGCACGGAGAGUCAUAUUCGUCAUUCAUAUACGUAUAUUACGUUUCAUGAAACAUUCUUUCCCCCCCGUUAAUUCCAACAAUUAAUAUUACGUACAUUUGGAACGCGAGAUUCUAAAUACAAUCACGAUGCACAAUGUCUUCGCAUACAAUGUUCUCUUGUAUGAAUAUUAACAUAUAUAUAUGUAUAUAUAUGUAUAUAUAUAUGUUAAUAUACAUUUUCUAUAAAGGCAAUCUUCAUGCACGCAACACGCAUUUUCACAUAGCAUUGUCAUUGUACCAUGAAUGAUUACUUUUUGUAAAUAAACAAUGUGCUAAUGUUGGUA